AUGUUCCUCAUCAUUCCCAAAUCUCGUCAGCAAAAAGAAACAUCUCGAAUCAUAGGCACAAGUGGGGAGCGCGAAGAUGUGCCAGAGUCAAUGCCAAAACACCUUCGAGGUCCGACCCGUGUUCAAAACGCGUGCGAUGAGUGUCGAAUUCCCAGGGGCAGAAAGAUCCGGAACUCAUCAAAUUCUCAGUGCAAUGGUCAAAAUCCUUGUGGUCGCUGCCGAUCGCGUAAUACUGUUUGCGUGUUCAAUUUCGCAGAAGCAAAGAAACGUCUCAAGGGGCCAAUGACAGCCGCCCAGGCCUCUACGCUGGAAGCACAGCAAGCGCGUGUUCUGGACGCCCUCAAAAACAUGUCGGUAGUAAUUGACAGGCUUGAGGCAUCCUUGUCGACGGCAACGGGCAAAGAAACGAUAAUGGAGCACGACAGAGAGCUUGGAGCUCGACUUGCAAACGCCGAGCAAGACAGUGGAUAUGACUUAAAUGCUAUCCUCGAAAAGUACGCACCCAUCCGCCAAGUCAGCAAUAACGAUUCUUCGGUGGACUUGGAUCAUCUUGAAACCGGCGAAGCUCGCAGCAAACGACAGCGUAUCAGUCAUCCAGAAAACUCAGGAUCCUUGAACCCGGCGAUUGGUCCGUUCGAUUUGCCACAAACCCGGACAUGCGACAAUCUUACACCUUUCACAUACGAAGCGUUCUCGCAGAACAACCUGGGAGAUCUGGCCGGCAAUGUCGACAAUCCUUUUGAACUCCGCCCUCUUGAGCAGAUGAACCCUAGAUUUUGCAAUCAGAUGGAUACACAAUACCCACACAACACGCAUGCAUCAUGUAUCGCGCCUCCAAGAUCCACAGACAGAUCUCUUAAUCCCCUGGCGUUCUCCAUUACCGAUCGCAGUGAAGAGUCGAAUCCGAACUGUGACGCGAACCAACCCGGUGAUUCGACGGUACUGUCACCGUCUCUAGAAACCUUCUUUCUUCAGUGUCAAGACAUGGAUACGCUUAUAGAGUCGAUAGACUGGGACAUGAGUCGUGCAGUUUCUGCACGUUUACUCAAGGAUACUGAGAAGUCCUCUUGA